GAUGACUUUGGGAAAUUGCUGCUGGCCGAGGCCCUCCUGGAACAAUGUUUGAAGGCAAACCACUCCAAAAUAAAAGACUCCAUCCCUCUGCUGGAGAAGCAUGAGCCCAAGCUGAAUGAAGCCAAAAAUUACCUGAGCGGUAUCCUUAACAAUGGGAAGCUGUCGCCCCAAUAUAUGCGCGAGGCCAUGUUGAUCCUGGGAAAGCUGCAUUAUGUGGAAGGUUCGUACCGAGACGCCAUCAGCAUGUAUGCACGGGCCGGGAUUGAUGAUAUGUCCCUGGAGAACAAGCCCCUUUAUCAGAUGCGGCUGCUGUCGGAGGCGUUCGUCAUCAAAGGCCUCUCCCUGGAAUGCCUGCCCAACUCCAUUGCCUCCCGCUUCCGCCUGACCGAGCGGGAGGAGGAAGUGAUCACUUGCUUCGAGAGGGCCUCCUGGAUUGCCCAGGUGUUCCUGCAGGAACUGGAGAAGACCACAAAUAACAGCGCAUCGAGGCAUCUGAAAGGCUUUCACCCAGUGGACUAUGAGCUCACCUACUUCCUGGAAGCUGCCCUCCAGAGCGCCUACGUGAAAAACUUGAAGAAGGGGAACGUCGUGAAGGGCAUGAGGGAGCUCCGGGAGGUCCUGCGGACUGUGGAGACCAAAGCAACUCAGAACUUCAAAGUGCCUCUACUGCCCCAAGGACAACAUCGAGGAAGCCCUCCUGCUCCUCCUCAUCAGCGAGUCCAUGGCAACUCGGGACGUGGUGCUGAGCCGGGUACCGGAGCAGGAGGAGGACCGGACGGUGAGCUUGCAGAACGCUGCGGCCAUCUACGACCUCCUGAGCAUCACGCUGGGCAGGAGGGGGCAGUAUGUCAUGCUCUCGGAGUGCCUGGAGCGAGCCAUGAAGUUUGCAUUUGGAGAAUUUCACCUUUGGUACCAGGUGGCCCUCUCUAUGGUGGCUUGUGGGAAGUCGGCCUACGCCGUGUCACUGCUGCGCGAGUGUGUGAAGCUGCGGCCCUCUGACCCCACUGUCCCCCUGAUGGCUGCCAAGGUCUGCAUCGGGUCCCUGCACUGGCUGGAGGAGGCGGAGCGCUUUGCCUUGAUGGUGAUUGGCCUUGGGGAGGAAGCUGGGGAGUUCCUCCCCAAGGGCUACCUGGCGCUGGGUCUCACCUACAGCCUGCAGGCCAGCGACGCUACCUUGAAGUCCAAGCAAGAUGAGUUGCACCGGAAGGCACUGCAGACGCUGGAGAGAGCCCAGCAGCUGGCACCUGGUGACCCCCAGGUCAUCCUCUACGUCUCCCUGCAGCUGGCUCUCGUCCGACAGAUCUCCAGUGCCAUGGAGCAGCUGCAGGAAGCCCUGAAAGUGUGCAGGGAUGAUGCCCAUGCCCUCCACCUGCUGGCAUUGCUCUUCUCUGCCCAGAAGCACCACCAGCACGCCCUGGACGUCGUCAACAUGGCCAUCACCGAGCACCCUGAGAACUUCAACCUGAUGUUCACCAAGGUGAAGCUGGAGCAGGUGCUGAAAGGCCCCGAAGAAGCCCUCGUGACCUGCAGGCAGAUGCUGCGGCUGUGGCAGACCCUGUACAGCUUCUCCCAACUGGGAGGCCUAGAGAAGGAUGGCAGCCUUGGCGAAGGCAUCACGAUGAAGAAGCAGAGUGGCAUGCACCUGACUUUGCCCGACGCCCAUGAUGCAGACUCCGGCUCCCAGCGGGCAUCGUCCAUUGCAGCCUCCCGGCUGGAAGAAGCUAUGUCAGAGCUGACCAUGCCCUCCUCGGUCCUGAAGCAGGGCCCCACGCAGCUGUGGACCACGCUGGAACAGAUCUGGCUUCAGGCUGCUGAGUUGUUCAUGGAGCAGCAACACCUCAAGGAGGCAGGUUUCUGCAUCCAGGAGGCGGCGGGCCUCUUCCCCACGUCGCAUUCGGUGCUCUACAUGCGGGGCCGGCUGGCCGAGGUGAAGGGCAGCCUGGAGGAGGCCAAGCAGCUCUACAAGGAGGCGCUCACGGUGAACCCGGAUGGCGUCCGCAUCAUGCACAGCCUGGGUCUGACGCUGAGUCGGCUGGGCCACAAGAGCCUGGCCCAGAAGGUGCUUCGGGACGCCGUGGAGAGGCAGAGCACAUGCCACGAGGCGUGGCAGGGCCUGGGCGAGGUGCUGCAGGCCCAGGGCCAGAGCGAGGCCGCGGUCGACUGCUUCCUCACCGCCCUGGAGCUGGAGGCCAGCAGCCCCGUGCUGCCUUUCUCAAUCAUCCCCAGAGAGCUCUGACCACGCUGCAGCCGUAGGAGGGAGGGGGCUGCCCAGUGGAGGCAGCGGGGAGCUGGGGCAGGACAGGGGACAAUGGUAAUCAGGAGUGGGGCCUCGGGGAAAUACAUCACUCAAGAGCACUUCUGUGGGCUGCAGCCCCAGUUCCCCUCUUAGCUCCGCCAAGAGGGUCUUCCCAGAGUCCUUCCUUGGUGCCUUAGAGACAGUCUGGCUUGAACCCUAA